UAAGCCAAUAAUCCCUUUAGAAUAAUGCAGGAAAUCGUGGGUGGUUGGUUUCAAUUUAUGAUUUAAACCACUUACUGUUAAUCAAUCUUAAAAUGAAUAAAACAUUUUAAAAGCUAACAAAAUUAUCUUUAAUUUGAUAUAAUUUUCAUAUACCUGAAAAAUACUGAUUUUAUAUCUUUAUCAAUGUAAUUUGAUUUUAUUAUCAAAAUUCCAAUACCCGCGAUUAUGCGAGUCCGCGGACGCGUGCCUAGAGGGGUCAUUGUAUUUCUAUGCAAAUGCGAGAUGUUGCUUCCUCAUGAAUAUUAAUGAAGUUUUGUUAUCCAAUCAGAAAAAAGAACUGGCUUCACAAUGGUGUAAAUGAUUAUUUUCUAGAACAAAAAAUGGCCGCUCUACGAAGGCAUGAAGUUUACCGACUUUUGUAGAAAAGUUACCAGGUUGUUGGUAUACGUGAUACAUAUUUGAAUGAUGGAAAAACUGUGCCCAGGGGUUUUCUGUCAUCAAAUUAACUUGGAUAGUGACAGUAUAAAUUCUGGCAAGAUAGCAGCAAUACCUUCAGAAACUUUAAAAUAUGGUGUUGUUAUAGAAUUAAUAAGAUAUGCAACAAAAACUAAAACAGUAGCCAGUAAAGUUGAAGAAUGGGUCUGUUCACUUCAGCCAGGCUUCCUAGAGAUGAAGAGAUCAACACUAAAAGCGCGCAUAAAAAAUGCUUUUGAAACACACAAGAAGAUAGAACGCAAGAAAAAGGUUGCGUCUUAUAUGUCGUUAUCAGAAUUUCAUAACGAUGUAUUUCUUCCAUCUGGAAAAAAGCAAUCGGUACAAAAUAAUCUUUGUGAAAAACCAACAACUGCUGAAACAGAUUUAUACAUCUCCACAGAAAGUGCUCCGAAAUCACAGGAAGAGACGGCAAAGAAAUCCCCAUGUGAUUAUGAAACAAAAGGUGAUCCAAAUUCCCAUGAACAGAAAGAGACUGCUAAGAAAUCCCCACCCCUGUUUAACAGUGAAACUGAAAGUGCUCCAGUCCCCCAUGUUCAGACAGUGACUGCUAAUAUUGAUAAAUCCCCCUCCCAGUGUGACUUUGAAACAGAAAGUGCUCAAAUCCCCCUUGUUCAGACAGUGACUGCUAAUAAAUCCCCUUCCCAGUGUGACAAUGAAACAGAAAGUGCUCCAAUCCCCCAUGUUCAGACAGUGACUGCUAAUAAAUCCCCCUCUCAGUGUGACAAUGAAAAUGGAAGUGCUCAAAAAUCCCAUGUACAGCCAGAGACAGCAAUUAGUGCGAAGAAACGCCACUACCCAUGUGAAACAAAAAGUUCUCAGGCUGAAGCUAAGCAAUAUAACUUAUUGCAGCAUGAAAUUGAAAAACGUCAAAAAGCCCUCCACAAGAUGAAAACACUUGUGAAAACUGAACGUGAAACACUGGAACACAUGAAAAUGGUGAAGGGACACUUCUCGAUAAGAAAUGUUACCAAAAGAGAUGAAACUGCAGCAAAAACAAGGAAAACUCUGCGGGACACUCAAGCUACGGUUUCCAAACAAAGGCGUCAACUUGAAAAAAUGGCACAAACAAACCAUGAACUAAUCACCACUGUGCAGGACCUUAAGCGCCAAAUGCAGAAGUUACAGACCAAACUUGAAAAGCUGAAGGACAUUGACCAAAAGAAGACAAACGCACAAAAAUUGACUAGUUAUUAUCGAACAACCUUAAAGAAGAUACGUGAAAGCCCACAUAGUAAAGAAGAACCUGGCAAUGUUUACAAGAAAACUUUAAUGAAGUCAGAGACUGAAAUUGAAAAUUUGAGAAUUGAAAAUGAGAUGUUAAAAGAAACGCUCAAUGAGAAAACAACCAGAACAAAAAAUGAGGAUGGAACAUUUAGCAAUGAAAUAAGACUUUGUGUCAUGGAACUUUUGGACUAG